UUAUUUCACUGAAUUAACUUUCGAUGUAAUCUACAGACUUGCUAUGGGUAAAAAAGAUUCAAAAGAAUUUUGUCAAUUAUCAAGAGAUACUCUCACAGUGUUUAACAAUAAUAUUUUUGAUUAUCUUUCUUAUAUCUUUCCCUGGUUGGGACUAAAUGUUCUCAGUCCUUUUCUGGGUGCUACAGGAAAUUUGAGAAGAGAUCCAGGACAGAUCUUGAUAGAAAAGAUUUAUGAAGCUGUUAAUAGAAGGAAAGAAGAGAAAAUGAAGAAAAUUGAAAGGGAAGAGGAAGAUGAGGAAGAAAAUGAAGAUAAUAAAAAAUGGGUCAAUUUUAUUGACCUUUUUUUGGAAUCUGAGGCCGAAAAAGUAGAAUUAAAAGAAUAUAGUGGAACAUUUAAUAGAUCAGAAAAAGUGGAAAAGGUUAAAAGAAAUUAG